UUUUAAUACUUACACCGUUGUGGCACUUCGCAGUCGACUCUCCAAGGAUCAACAUCUCAGUAAAUCUACAGCCAUGUCUGACGAUCAGGUUGAUUUAGUUGCCAGGGAUCCUAAUGGACUUAACAACCAUUUGGGGACUCUUCUGUUCAACGAUGUCCUUGGUGAGCCCGAUGGUACCCACAGUAUCGACUGCGUCUGGAAGCUGUCCUACACAUGUUUCGAGUGCUGGAAGGGACUUUGCUACAAGCUCCUAACUCUCUUCUGUGGAAUCUGUAUUGCGGCGGAAUGGGGCUGUGAGUUCGCCUACAUUGCUUUCUACCACAUCUGGUUCAUCACACCAUGCAUGAAGGUCUGCGAGAUCAACUGUGGACUCUGCCAGAAGCUCUACACUCUCGUUAUAAACUGCUGCAUAGUACCAUGUACGGAGGCGUGUGGUGGAUGUUUCCAUCACUUUAAGAAAUAAGCAGCAGUAUCUACCAACCUAAGAACUUUUUCAAAACUAACUUUAUGUUAAAAUGUGAAUUAGACAGAAGACCUGCCGUCUGAUCAUAUAACAAACGAUGGAAUCGGCCAUUACCCGGUAACUCAUACUCAGUUCUUUCAUAUAACGAACGAUAUCAUUGGACACUUUUCUGUAACGCGCGAUACCAUUGGACAUUGUCCGGUAACGCUCGGGGUCUACUGCUGAUUUACCUUUCCUGACAUAUUUAUUAAAUACAAUAGAAUUGAAAUGUCUGUGUCAUAAUAUUGUAUCUUAUAUAUUGAUAUUAAACUAUGUUGUUAAAAUGAG